GCGGCGGGCGGCGGCGCCAUGGAGCCGGCCGAGGUGAAGGACCGCAUCCUGGAGAACAUCUCCCUCUCCGUCAAGAAGCUGCAGAGCUACUUUGCUGCCUGCGAAGAUGAGACGCCAGCCAUCAGGAACCACGACAAGGUCCUGCAGCGGCUCUGUGAACAUCUGGACCAUGCUCUGCUCUAUGGGCUGCAAGAUCUUUCCUCAGGCUACUGGGUGCUGGUUGUUCACUUCACCCGCCGGGAAGCCAUCAAACAGAUAGAAGUACUUCAGCAUGUGGCCACCAACCUGGGGCGCAGCCGAGCAUGGCUGUAUCUAGCCCUCAACGAAAACUCCUUGGAGAGCUAUUUGAGGCUGUUUCAGGAGAAUCUAAGCCUGUUGCACAAGUACUAUGUCAAGAAUGCCCUAGUUUGCAGUCACGAUCAUCUGACCUUGUUCUUAACCCUGGUGUCUGGGCUGGAGUUCAUCCGCUUUGACUUGGACCUGGAUGCUCCUUACCUGGAUCUGGCACCGUACAUGCCAGAUUACUACAAACCUCAGUAUCUGCUGGACUUUGAGGACCGCCUGCCCAGCUCAGUGCAUGGCUCGGACAGCCUAUCCCUCAACUCCUUCAACUCGGUCACUUCCACCAACCUGGAAUGGGAUGACAGCGCCAUUGCUCCAUCCAGCGAAGAUUAUGAUUUUGGAGAUGUCUUUCCAGCAAUGCAGUCCAUGCCCAGCAGAGACUGGGAAGAUGGAGACCUCACGGAUACGCUCAGCUGCCCACGCUCCACCACCUCAGAGGCAAACGGCAGCAAGGCCUCCGUGAAGAGCCCCACGCAGCGCUACAACCCCUUCAAUGAGGAGAAAGCCGACGCGCCAUCUUCCACUGAGACCACACCAGUGCACACGGCUUCCCAGGAGAAGGCUGAAGCCACCCCUGAAGGAACAGACCAGUCUGAGAGCUGCGCAGAGCUGGAGGUCAUCAGGUUAGCCAAGAAGAAGAAAGCGAGCAAGAAGAAGAAAGCAAAGCCAGAGGAAGCUGUGAACACCUCUGCACCCACAGUGCCUGAGGCCAGCACCCAGCAGGCUGGUGUAGAUAGUGGUAUGAACGGGCUGAGUGACAGAGAUGACCCACAGGGAGACGAUGGUCCUGCUCCUCCGGGUGGUGAGCCAAGCCCAGCCGGGCCGGAAGAGACUAGUGAGCGCUCUGCCCUCAGCCAGCUGGCUUUACGCAUCCCUGAGAUGAAGGACACGUCCAUGGAGAGCGUGGGGCAGCCGCUGAGCAAGGUGAUGGACAGGCUGAACGGGCAGCUGGAUCCUGGUGGCUGGAAUGCCCCACUUGAGCGCCCCAGGCAGUCCUUUCGGACUGGCACGCCAGGGGAGACUCCAGAUGGAUCGUCCUCUGGCGACCUUAGUGAGGGGAUUUCAGCCCCCAUGGACUUCUACCGCUUUACCAUUGAGAGUCCAAACACUCCUGCACCAGGUGGUAGCCACCAUGACGCUCCAGGGCCUGGCCAACCGCCACAUGUUUCUGGUAGCCUUGAGGCUCCUGAACAAGAAGAAAGCAGAGAGGGAAAAGCAGUUGGGGGAGUAGAAGAGUCUGGGGGGGCGGCUGAUGAACCCCACAUUGACCAAACAGAAACCACCAACCCAGAGGCUGUCUGCGAGCUGAAGAAAGAGCAGCCCAGCCCUUCUGCGAGCAGUGCCGAGGACUCUGGUGUAGAGGAAGGGCAGGGCAGUCCUUCAGAGCUGACCCACCCUUCUGAGUUCAGGGUGGAUAACAACCAUCUCCUACUGCUGAUGAUCCAUGUCUUUCGGGAGAACGAGGAGCAGUUGUUCAGGAUGAUCCGAAUGAGCACCGGGCACAUGGAGGGAAACCUUCAGCUGAUCUACGUCCUGCUGACGGAUUGCUAUGUGUAUCUGAUCCGUAAAGGGGCAGCAGAGAAGCCGUACAUGGUGGAGGAGGCCGUUCCCUAUAACGAACUGGACUACAUUUCAGUUGGGCUGGAUCAGCAGACGGUGACUCUGGUGUGCACCAAUCGGAGGAAGCAGUUCCUGCUUGACACUGCAGACGUCGCCCUCACAGAGUUCUUCCUGGUCUCCUUGAAGUCAGCUAUGAUCAAAGGGUGCCGGGAGCCCCCUUACCCCAGUAUCCUCACGGAUGCCACCAUGGAGAAACUGGCGCUCGCAAAGUUUGUGGCCCAGGAGUCCAAGUGCGAGGCCUGUGAUGUAGUCGUGCGUUUCUACGGCCUCGUCCACUGGGAGGACCCCAUGGACGAGGCGCUGGGGCCUGCUCCCAACAGCUAUGCCUCUGCAGAAAAUGCAGUCACGAAGGACGGCAUCCUGCACUACAAGGCAGGGACCUCGUACCUGGGCAAAGAGCAGUGGAAGACCUGCUUCGUGGUGCUGAGUAAUGGGAUCUUGUACCAGUACCCGGACCGCACAGACGUCACUCCUCUGCUCUCCAUCAACAUGGGCGGCGAGCAGUGCGGGGGAUGCCGGCGCUCCAACACCACCGACCGGCCCCACUCCUUCCAGGUGAUCUUGACGGACCGGCCCUCCCUGGAGCUCAGCGCCGACAAUGAGGCUGAGAUGGCAGACUGGAUGCAGUACUUCUGCCAGGCUGUCUCCAAAGGGGUAAUCCCGCAGGGUGUUGCCCCCACGCCCUGUGUCCCCUGCUGCCUUGUGCUGACAGACAAGAAGGCCUUCACCUGCCACGAGGACUGCCAGACAAGCUUCUUCCGCUCACUGGGCACUGUGGAGCUGACAGAUAUCACCACUGUCUCCACAGAGGCUGGCAAGGAGUACUGUAUCCUAGAGUUUGCUCAGGACCGCAAGCAGUUCCUGCCCCCCUGGGUCCUCUAUUUCAGUUGCACUACAGAACUGGAGAGGUUCCUCUCUGCGCUGAACACUGCAUGGAAAAACAUCUACCAGGUAGAUCUUCUGCACAAGGCCAUCCUGGAUGCCACCAUGAAGAAGAAAUGCGAAGACGCUCAGAGCCUCAUCGACAGCGCCUGGCAGCGCAGCGAUAGCCUGUGCCGUGGACGAGCCGAGCGGGACCCAUGGUGUUAACCCCAGCAGGGGGAAGGACGGCUGACAGGACAACCUCGGCUGUUCCGGGAGAGAGAGAGAGAGCGCGAGCGAGCACGCUCCCACCGCUGCGCAAGGCCUGGCACCUGUAGCCGGCUGCUCUGAAGUCAGCCGGCACCCCAAAUCCUCCUGCCAUCACACAGUACCUGUCUGGAGCCUGCCUGCGGACAUGGGCCCCCGGCCACACUCUCCACCGCGCUGGGGGCAUGCAGCGGGUCGCCCGCGCGCUGCCACCUCCACGGGGACCAGCGGAUGCUUCGCCACACUGGAGACGAGCCCAACGGAGGCUGCUUUCGUUGUACAGACCCUCCUGCGUCAUCCAGCUCCUUCUGGACAAGCUGCCUAGCAAGGAAGAACAUCCUACGAGUGACAAAGCUGGGAGAGGGGUGGGCUGGGGUUGGGGCAGCCCCUGUUUUCAGGCCGGAGCAUGGCCAGGCCCAGGCACCCGGCGCUGGGACUGACUAGUUGUUCAUUUUAGAACAAGGUAGGUCACGGACAUGGCAAUACUGGAAGCCUGAAUCGCUACCGCGCAUGUUUUACCCUCGCUAAUACAAUCACCCGAGUACGGCACCGCUUCACCUCCGCCUUCCUUCCCCCACCGCGGGGUCACCCGGCCGUGAAAGCACGUCGCUGCCCAGGGCACGCUCGCUGCACGCGUGCGUCCGGCCGAUGAGGCUGAGCGGCGAGCUCGCAGGCACGGUUCGCCAAGUUCAGCGCAGCCCCCUCUCCCCUGUAAGGCGGAGGGAAGGGUGGGGGGAGCCAAGGGAUGGCACGCGACUGCUGCAAAAUUUUUAAAAAAAGAAAAAAGGAGCGGGAGACCUUCUUCUGUAAUAUACGUUCAUGGGGCCUUUUUGGGGGGAGAAAAACAUAUGUGACCGAAUGUAUAUGUAUAUAUACAUCUGCUUCCUUCCCCUCCCCCCCAAAUAAAUAUUCGUUGGUAACUCA